AUGGAAGGAAAGAAUCAAACAGCUUUAUCUGAAUUCAUCAUCUUGGGAUUCUCCAACCUAAAUGAAUUACAGUUUUUAUUAUUCACUGUCUUCUUUCUGACUUAUAUAUGUACGUUGGGAGGGAAUAUUUUCAUCAUUUUGGUGACCAUGGCUGAUCCACAUCUACAUACACCCAUGUAUUAUUUCCUAGGGAACUUGGCCUUUCUUGAUAUCUGCUACACCACCACCAAUGUCCCCCAAAUGAUGGUGCAUCUUCUCUCAGAGAAGAAAAGCAUUUCAUAUGGAGGCUGUGUCACUCAACUUUUUGCAUUCAUUUUCUUUGUAGGAUCCGAGUGUCUUUUGCUGGCAGCAAUGGCCUAUGACCGUUACAUUGCAAUCUGCAAACCCUUACACUAUUCAGUCAUCAUGAACAAGGCCCUGUACAGCCAGCUAGCCACCUCAUGUUGGACAGGUGGUUUGCUCAACUCAGUGGUGCACACAGUGCUGACAUUCCGUCUGCCCUUCUGUGGCAACAACAAGAUCAACUAUUUCUUCUGUGACAUCCCACCGUUGCUGGUCUUGUCUUGUGGGGACACUUCUGUCAAUGAACUAGCAUUGCUGUGCAUUGGAGUGUUCAUUGGUUGGACUCCUUUUCUGUGUAUUGUCCUUUCCUACCUCUACAUCAUCACUACCAUCUUGAGGAUCCGCUCUGCGGAGGGGAGACGCAAAGCCUUUUCUACAUGUGCUUCCCACCUGCUCAUUGUCCUUCUCUAUUAUGGCAGCGCCAUCUUCACAUAUGUACGGCCCAUCUCAUCUUACUCAUUGGAGAAAGACAGACUGAUCUCUGUAUUGUACAGUGUUGUCACCCCUAUGUUAAACCCCAUAAUCUACACUCUGAGGAAUAAAGACAUCAAAGAGGCUGCAAAGACUAUUGGAAGAAAGUGGCAGCCACCGAUCUGUGUUCAAUAA